CGGCGCGCAGUCUUGGCGUAGCCUGUGCAGCCGCUUUUCCCCUGCCCAGGGAGCAACGCCGGGUCCGUCCCGCGGUCUGGACCGGGACUCGGCCCGCGCCGUCCCCGGGGCGGAGUGGGGCGGACCCUUGGAGCGCCGAGAGGGGGCGCGACCCUGAGCCCCUCACAGGUCAGCCCGGCGGACUAGAGUUUCCAGGGUGCGCCCUCCUCUACGGUGUGGCCAGGAGGGGAAGGCUUACUAAGCGGGGAGGGCUCCCCAGGACCCUGGGGAGACUACGCCAGCUGCUGCGUGUCUGCACUCUCAGCCCACUGCAGCCCUCGCCCUGAGCUCCUGGUCGCAAAUUCCGAACUCCAGCACGCACGCGUGGGGAGCGCUGGUGGCAGACGAUCCGUUCAAAGGAUUCGUGUGUUCCUCUCUUCCCUAGGUGGCCAAGGGAAAGGUGGUUUAGAUACUCCAGACAUGGGAGAGUUGGUGUUUGUCUGCAGCAACCUCAUCAGCCCCUAAGCCCUGCAUCUUCCCUUCUGGCCUUGUAAGCUCUUCCAGGCCUCUUUCCUGUGGUGGGGACACCUUCCUGGACCCCAGUCUUAGCCCACCAUGGGGAGCACCCUGGGCUGCCACCGCUCCAUCCCCAGGGACCCUUCUGACUUGUCCCAUAGCCGCAAGUUCAGUGCAGCCUGCAACUUCAGCAACAUCCUGGUGAACCAGGAGCGGCUCAACAUCAACACGGCCACAGAGGAGGAGCUGAUGACCCUGCCCGGGGUGACCCGGGUGGUGGCCCACAGCAUUGUGGAGUACAGAGAAUACAUUGGGGGCUUUAAGAAGGUGGAGGACCUGGCACUGGUCAGCGGCGUGGGUGCCACCAAACUGGAGCAGGUCAAGUUUGAGAUCUGUGUGAGCAGCAAGGGCAGCUCUGCGCAGCACUCUCCCAGCUCCCUACGGCGGGACCUGCUGGCUGAGCAGCAGCCUCACCACUUGGUCACCUCCGUGCCCCUCACGCCCCGUGUCAACAUCAACACGGCCACCCCUGCCCAGCUCAUGAGUGUGCGAGGCCUCACGGAGAAGCUGGCCCUUAGCAUCGUGGACUACCGCCGGGAGCACGGCCCCUUCCGCAGCGUAGAGGACCUGGUGAGGAUGGAUGGCAUCAAUGCCGCCUUCCUGGACAGGAUACGGCACCAGGUGUUUGCUGAGAGGUCCAGGCCCCCAUCCACCCAAACCAAUGGGGGCCUGACCUUCACCGCCAGGCCUCACCCCAGCCCCACCUCACUGAGCCUGCAGAGUGAGGACUUGGACCUGCCACCAGGGGGGCCUACGCAGAUCAUCUCCACGAGGCCCUCGGUGGAGGCCUUUGGUGGCACGAGGGAUGGCCAGCUGGUGCUGAGGCUGGCCACCUGGAACUUGCAGGGCUGCUCCAUGGAGAAGGCCAACAACCCCGGUGUGCGCGAGGUGGUGUGCAUGACGCUCUUAGAAAACAGCAUAAAGCUCCUAGCUGUGCAAGACAUACUUGACAAAGAGGCCCUGGAAAAGUUCUGUGCGGAGCUGAACCAGCCGGUCCUGCCCAACAUCCGCAAGUGGAGGGGUCCUCGGGGAUGCUGGCGGUCCCUGGUCACCGAGAAGCCCUCGAGUCAGUUCCAGAAGAGUGCUGGGUACUCGGGAUUCCUGUGGGACACGGCAGCCGGUGUGGAGGUGCGAGAUGCUGCCUGGCAGGAGAGCCCCAGCAAUGGGCACGGGAGGCCCCCGGCACCCAGCUCGCACCUUGCCAGGUUCAAGGUGGGAAGUAACGAAGUGACCCUUGUGAACCUUCACCUGGCUGCCCUGAGCCUCCCGGCGACAGAGAACCCCAGCAAGAAUCCCAGUGACAGCCACCGUCUGGCAAGCUUGGCACAGACCCUGCAGGGCACCCUGAAAGGAGAAAAAGAUGUCAUCAUAUUGGGGGAUUUUGGCCAAGGGCCAGAUAGCAGUGACUAUGAUAUCCUGAGAAGAGAGAAAUUCCACCACCUCAUCCCUGCGCACAUCUUCACCAACAUCAGCACCAAAAACCCCCAAGGCUCCAAAUCCCUGGACAACAUCUGGAUCAGCAAAAGCCUGAAGAAGGUGUUCACAGGUACAUCUACAGAAAUUAAAAGUGAAAACCACUCAAAGUGGUUGCUCACAGCUGAGGAGAGGGGAAGAAAUGAAGAGUGACUGCUAAUGGCAUGACCAGAGAACUGUCUACUUCUCAUGCUUCAUAAAUUUUCAAGGAAUACAAAAGCUAAAAUUGUUUUCUCCACACAUGCACAGGCAAAAUAGAAAACUAAAGGAAUCUGGUAACAAACUACAAAUCAUCAGGAACUGUGGAAAAGCCUCAAGAGUGAAAAACCAAAGAAGGAAGAAAAUUACCUGCAAAGGCUCUUUGGAACAGAAACUGGAAAAUUCAAAUAUAUCUCAUGUGAACGGUGAAAGAACUGGGAAACUCACACACGUUAUGUGAGUCUGUAGCUUCUGAACUGCCAUCCGACUCGUGAGGAGAAGAAGGUACAAGCUCUAGAACGGGACCUCCUGAGCUUACACCCUGGCUCUUUACCCGCUGGCCAGUCUCUACACUGGCCACUCGGCCUCCUCGCUUGUGAAGGAGGAUAACAAUAACAAUGUCUACUUCGUGGUUUUGUUGAGAACAUUUUGUCCACCUUUGUCAAGCACAGCUCUUGGGACAUAAAACGAAGCCAGUACCUAUUGAUUAUCACAUCAAUGGUAUACUACCAUUCUUUAUAGAUACUACCACUGUAAAUAACAAGCCUGACAUAGAAAUUAUUGAAAAGCUAACAAGUACAAGUCAUCAUCGUUCAACAUAUAUUCUCAGUGGAAAAAUAUAAUUACUAAUAAACUAGGCAUGUAUCAUAAAGUUACCAGAACAAGCAGUGACUUUAACAGAUUUUGUGAUUUCUGUUUCCAAACUAUUACUGAAAGCCUUGCUAUGUAGUAUGGCCUGAGGGCCAGCAGCGCUGGCACAGUGGGAGCUGGUCCCAGAGGCAGGAUUUUGGCCCUGUCCUAUCCUCAAGCCAUGAGGUCAGAAUCUUCUCUUCCACUAGAUCCCAGCUGAGUCACACACAGGGAAAUGUGAGGAGGACCCCAGAGAAUGGUAAAUGUGGCACGAGUGCCCUGGAGGCCGAUUCAUUCAUACGACAGCUAGGGAAAUGACAAGCAAUAAUUAAAAGCCCAUUUUAGCAGCGUGGUAAAGGUAUGUCUCACACACACACACAGGCGCACGCGCGGGACUACAGGGCACCGGUCAGCAGUCACCCAGCUAUCAAACUGAAAAGAAUGUGGGCAAUUUAGCCUUAAUUGCCACUGAAGAAGGUGGAGGGACAGCUUCAGUACUGGACUGACAGACCUGAAAAAGGCUAUGUUUUUCACUCUAAUUUCUGCUUCCAAGUUUUUCUAUACAAAAUAAUUCCAGGGAAAAUGAGCUUUUCUCAGCAUAUGCUUACUCAGUAGGAAAAUGUAGUUAUCUGUUUACUAUUUAAUGUGGCAAAUAUUAAACAGUCUAGAGAAUUAAGAAAAAUUAUAGGUGUUGUUAUCAUGGAUGAAUAAGUAAGGAAAGGAUAAAAGGAAUGGAGAUUUCUGCAGUGAGGGAAUGUGAUUUUCCUAUCAAAAUGCUCUGCACCUGCAUGUCACUUCCCUCGCUUCCUCAUGAGCGCCACAGUGACAUCGUGAAGGUGACAUCCCGUGGGAUAUGAGAGCCACAAAGUGUACUGCACUUCUCCAUGUUAAAUACUGAGCACCACAUCACCGUCUAUAUUCUUCCUCUUUGAGGUGCUUUCCCUGUCAUCACCUUUACUGAUUGUUUUCUUCUUCUUUACUAUGAUCCCAAUUUUGGAUAAAGUAACUUUAAAAGGUACUCUUAAAAUCAGGAAGGAUAUCCCAAGGCUGAUGUUCACAUUUGGGGAGGGCGUAACGAGUUGCACCAAUGUGUGUUAUUUGCAUUUUUCACACAUUUUAAAAUUCUUUAUAAUACGCAUAUAUUUGUGCCAUGAUCAGAAGGAAACAGUUAUUUUUAAAAGGGUGACGGCUCAGACAACCAAUGUCUGCACUACUUAAGAGAAUCAAGCUUUUUCACACCUGCACAUCAACGACACUUUUAGAGGUAAUAAAUUUCAGGUCAAACUUUACGCCAUUAUAUCAUCAUCUAUGUUAAUCAGAAAAGUACACUUCAUAGUAUAGUAUAUGGCCCUAGAGAAUAUGCAGUAGAGAAAAAAAGAUGGAUAAAGGCUUUAAUAAAUUUCUAGCAUACCAGCAAAGAGGACCGUUCACUCAUCCAGCCCCUCAUUCAUUCAUCUUCAUGGUCACCCUCUACCAAUCACUGUUAACUUUUCUAUAUUUUAGAAAUGAAGUCCUGGGCCAGGGAUUUAGCUCAGUGGCACUGCACCUGCCUUGCAAGCACAAGGUCCUAAGUUUGAUCCCCAGUACCAAAAAAAAAAAAAAAAGAAAAAGAAAUGAAGUCCUUGUCCUACCAUUAGAUUGGCAGAUGACAUAAUCAGACAUAAUACAGUAAUAUCUUGAUGGAGCUAUAAAUAAACUACAGAAGUGGACAUUAUCGGAGAUAGAGGACAUUCCAAGCAAUGGAAGCCAACGAGAGUGGAGCUACAGAACUCUUCGAGAAGGCAUAGGUAGCCAUAGGUAGCAUUCUCAUGACCUUGGGAUAGGCCCUGGGCUCAUUCACAUCCAACACAAACAACAGAAGAUAAGAUGGACUUUACCAAGAUUAGAGCCUUUUGUACUUCAAAGGAUACCACCAAGAAACUGAGGACAGCUCUCAGGGGUGGGAUCCAGAAUGUGCAGAAGGCUUGGCACCACCUCAUGGGGGUUUGGGAGGUGAUGGGUCACAGGGUCUCUAAGGUCAUCCAGCAGAUCCAUCCACUUGUCAGUUCAUUAGCUGCAGGGGCUGCUGGGAGGGGACCUGGUUGGAGGAUGGAAGUCAGCGGGGGUGUCCUCUGAAGGAUCUAUCUUGUCCCUCCAACUCUGUGGGGCUCUCUCACCCUCCCUCCUCCAGCACGAUAUUGUCUCACCGCAGGCCUGAGACUGCAAUGGAGCCAGCUGACUGUGGACAGAAACCUGUGAGACCAGGUGCCUCCCUUAUGUUGUUUAUCUUGGGUGAUUUGUCACAGCAAGGGAAGCUGACUAAUACAUAGCCCACUAAUACACUAAUACACAGAAUAGAAGAAAGCAUUUGCAAACCUCAUGUCUGAUAUGGGAAUUGUACCUAGAAUGGAUGAAGAAAUCUUGGAACUCCAUAAGAAAAACACAAAGAACUCAAUUAAAAAAUGGGCAAAGUCUCUGAAUAGACAGUUCUCCAAAGAAGAUGUAUAAAUGGCCAAUGAGCACAUGAAAAAAGAGGCUCUGCAUCGUUAGCCACCAGGGAGAUGCACAAAACCCAAUGAGAUCCCCCCUCUCCUCCACCAGGAUGAUGAGAAAAACAAAAGCAGAGUUGAUGAGGAUUUGGAGAACCCAGAGUUGAGAUACACUGCUGGAGGGAAAUAAAGUGGUACAGUCACUUAGGAAAACAGUCUAGGAGUUCCUCAGGAGGUUAAAACAAGGAGUUGCCAUGUGGGGCAGCAAAUCCACCACUAGAUGUGGACCCAAGGUAACAGCAAACAAAGUUCACACAAAACCUGUACAUGGGCCAGGGAUUUAGCUCAGUGGUUCCACCGCCUGCCUCUCAGGUGCAAGGUCCUGUGUUUGAUCUCCGGUACCCCCCCCCCAAAACCUAUACAUAAACAUUCACAGAAUGAUUUAUUAUAGCCCCAAAGUGGAAAUAACCCAACUGUCUAUCAGCCAAGGAAUAAAGAGAAUGUAUUAAAUCCAUACGUGGAAUAUUAUUCAGCAAUAAAAAGUACUGAUAUGCGUACAACCUGGAUGAAUCUUUGAAAACAUCAUGGUAAAUGGAAGACACCGUUCACAAGGACCACUAAGUCUACAUAUUAUACGAUCGCAUACAUAACAAGUACCCAGACUAGGCCAAUCCACAGAAAGCAGUCUGUGCUUGCCUAUGGCAGGGAAGUUGGUGAAAAUGGGGUGAUGCUAAAGGUACGGGACUUAUUCUGGGGGUCAUGAAAUUUUGGAAUUGGCAGUGAUGGUUGCAUAACUAACUAUAUUAAAAACCAUUGAACUCUACACUUCAGUGUGUUUGAGGCAUUUUGUUUUGUUUUUGGUUUUUUUGGUACCGGGGAUUGAAGGGGAUUGAACUCGGGUCUUUGGGCUUGCACAGCAGGCGGCCAAACCACUGAGCUAAAUCCCUGGCCCCUGAAUUCUACACUUUAAAUGGGUAAACUAUAUGGCAUGUGAGUAACACCUUAGUAGAGCAGGGUGUGGUGGUACAGCCUGUAAUCCUAGGACUGAGGAAGAUGAGGCAGGAGGAUCACUAUGAGUUUGAGACCAGCACUGGCUACAUAAUGAGUUCAAGGCCAACCUGAACUACAUAGAAACACUGACUCAAACAAAACAAAACAGAACAGAACAAAACAAAACCUACUGCAAAAAAAGGAAGAGUAAUCAAAUAACAUACAUUUAAACCAUUAACCCAUAAA